AUGAUGAGAUAUGGUGGGGAUGUGAAAGUUCGUCCUGUUGGGGGCGGGCUAUUUGUACCUCCUUCGCGGACGUACGUUUGUACCCGGCAUUUUCUGAGUCGGGAACACAAACGCAGGUUGGCGUUUGAGGUGAAUGAAAGGGGACUGGGACUGUUCGAGAAUCUACUCUGGCUAUUCGAGAAUCUACGCACCUAG